AUGGCCAACAACACGAACCCCCCGCCAGACUACACUUAUGCCAUGAACCAGGUAGACGUCCCGCCCGGCCAAAGCGGGCAGAACAACCAGCUUCUCCAACCUGGGUCCCCGAACCCUGCUCUGACGGCCCGACGCUCGAUGGAGGACGAGAUGCGCGAGCUGCCGGAGGGGUGGGUGAGACAGUGGGAUCCUGCUCAGAACCACCAUUUCUAUGUCGACACGCGGGCGACACCACCUCGCUCUAUCUGGGUUCAUCCUUAUGACGACCCCGAAUAUCUCUCUACGUUGCCUGAUGCACACCCUGCCAAAGUGUGGCACAAUACCCAACAGCAGCAGCAUACCACGACCACAGCUGGGGGCGCCUCCGGACCGGCGGGGACGUCCGGCUCGGCCCCGCACGCACGGAAGCAUGGGGUGUUUACCAAACUGCAUGAUAAACUGACCGGGACGACGAAAGAGGAGAGAGACGCGGAAAAAGAGCGCCAGCGGCAAGCUCGUUUAGCCCAUGAACAGGAGAUGCAGCGCCGUUAUGCGGAGCGGCAGCAGCAGAUCGCCCAGCAAGGAUAUCCUGCAGGCUACGCACCGGGUGGGUUCGCACCACCAGGGGGGAUGUACGCCCGCCAGAGGUACGGUUACGGGGGUUAUCCGGGGUACGGAUAUGGUCCCGGAGGGUUUGGGAGAACAGGGGGCAUGGGAGGCAUGGGCAUGGGCUUGCCGUUGUUCGGCGGAUUAGCGGGAGGGCUGUUGUUGGGGGAUAUGUUGGGGGAUGCUGGGGAUGGAGGUGGGUGGGGAGAUGGGGGCGAUGGGGGUAGGUGGGGAGAUGGAGGGGAUGGAGGGGAUGGAGGUGGAUGGGGUGAUGGCGGUGACGGCGGAGGGGAUGGAGGAGGGUGGGGCGACGGAGGGGAUGGUGGUGGUGAUGGUGGUGGUGAUUUUGGCGGUGGGGAUGGCGGUGGGGAUGGCGGUGGGGAUGGAGGUGGGGGUGGUGAUUUCGGUGGUGGGGGCGAUUGA